AUGACAUUAUCGAACCCGGAUCCUGACGAUGCUGACGGUCUUUGCACAGUUAUCAUUGCUGUGCUGCAGAAAAACCGACGAGAAUUAAAACCGCAGGGCUUGGAUAAUUUGGCAAUUGGUUUUGCAGUUUAUGAGGUUGAUGAAAUUUAUGGUCAUUUGGACCGUAAUUUCUUUGCAACACAUAAGUCAUGUGCAAGAAGCGCUGCUUUCAUCAAUCUCCGUGAGGUGACUGGACGAUUCCGCUUACCACCUGGAAAUUACAUCAUUGUUCCGUCAACAUUCGAGCCGGGUGAAGAAGGCGAGUACAUGCUUCGAAUGUUCACCAAUGUAACCAUCGAUUCCGAGUAAGU